CGCGGGCUAGGCUUCUCCGUUUAUGAAGAGAUGUGUUUCCUUGCAUAUAUAUGCCUCUGCCCGGAGCCUGCGACAUGGUUCUUUGUAUCUUCUGCCUCAUGGCAUUAUUGACCUGCAGACAUGGUGCUUGAAGCAGAGACCCCAGCGGAGACCCUAACACUCUCAGAAACAAGACCGAGGCGAGCUCUGAGCCCGAAUGAGGAAGAACAGUGCGGCCAGAAAGGUUGCGUCAAUUGUACCUCUGACGGCCAGAGCCAGACAUCGCAGCAGCUAGCCGUCGAACCGGUCACAGAUUGGUCACAAUAUACGCUGAAGAAGAGACUAUGGCGGCCAUGUGUAACGGACUUCAACCGAAUCAUUGGGUUCAGGUACCGUGGAAGUGGAACGGCCAUCGACCCAUAUAUCGUUCAAUGGCUGGACUCUGAUGAGGAAAAUCCAAAGGCAUAUCCGUUACGGUUCAAGGUCGUCCUCAGCAGCUUGAUAUCUUUCAUGUGCCUAUGCGUCUCCCUGGCCUCCUCAGCCUAUACCGGUGCGACCGAACACAUCAUGGCAGAUUUCCAUUGCAGCCAAGAAGUCUUCCUGCUCGGUCUCACCUUUUUCGUCCUCGGUUUUGGCACCGGGCCUCUAGUCUUUGCUCCUCUCUCAGAGGUGCUUGGACGUCGAAACAUCCUCCUGAUCUCCCUGGUAUUCUACACGCUCUGGACCGGGGUGUGCAUAGCGGCACAGAACAUCCAGAGUCUUAUUGUCUUUCGUGCCUUCGCUGGCACAAUCGGCUCGGCUGUCAUGGUCGUACCAGGAGGGCAGGUUGCCGACAUGUUCGAAGCCGAGCAACGUGGUGUGGCUAUGGCAGUAUUCUCCGCUGCCCCCUUUCUCGGCCCAACACUGGGCCCCUUCAUCGGCGGAUUCCUCAGCGACGGUGCCGGAUGGCGUUGGUUAUUCGGGUUGCUCACAUUGUAUGCUGCGUGUCUGACUGUUCUCGGCAUCAUCUUCGUUCCAGAAACCUACGCUCCGGUGCUGCUACGGAAUCGAGGGAAGCUGCUGAGCAAAGUCACGGGAAAGAUCUACAUGACGAAGAUUGACCUAGAACAUCCCCCCGAUUUCCACAAGAUGGUCAGGAAUGCACUGGUCCUGCCUUGGGCACUUCUGUUCCGCGAGCCCGUCGUGCUUCUACUCUCGAUCUACAUGGCCGUCGUGUACGGGACACUGUAUCUCUGCUUCGCGGCCUUCCCCAUCGUCUUCCAAGAAGGCCAUGGCUGGAACGCAGGCGUUGGCGGGCUCGCUUUCCUUGGGAUAAUGGCGGGAAUAUUCAUCGGCAUCGCCCUCAUCAUCUUUGACAACAGGCGCUAUUCUCGCCUACACCGGGAGACCGGAGGCUUUGCACCGCCGGAAGCUCGACUGCCACCAGUUAUCGUCGGGGGAGUGUUCGGCAUCAUCGGCCUCGCCUGGUUCGCUGCGACCACAUCUCCCAGCGUGCAUUGGAUCGUCCCAAUCCUGGCCGGCGUGCCUUUCGGGACGGGCUUUCUCCUGAUCUUCAUGUCGUGCACAAAUUAUCUGAUCGACUCAUAUGUAAUCUACGCCGCGUCGGUGAUGGCUGCGAAUUCGAUUCUCCGCUCGAUCUUCGGUGCCGUGUUUCCUCUGUUCACAGUCUACAUGUACGAGAAUCUCGGAACACACUGGGCCUCUGCGGUGCCUGGGUUCAUUGCGCUGGCGUGUUUCCCGUUUCCGAUCUUCUUCUACAAAUAUGGUGCCGUGAUUAGGCGGAAGUGUAAGUACUCGGCGCAGGCUGCAAGGUAUCUAGACAGUCUAAAGAGCGACCUUGAACGGCAGAAGUCCAGAGGGGAGGGCAACGAACAUGGGGCAAUGUCUGACAAGGAGAACAGCAACAUUGCUUGAAGUUGUGUGGAGGAGUUCGGUUGAGUUAUGGCGUUUACAGAGGUAUAGAUUGUCUAAUCAUUUGAAGAGGAGCCAGCAAUCCAAUGAUGGACGCAUGCCGCAAUGUGUAGAUUUGGACAAGCCCGGGCGUCAGAGACGAUUGGUUUAAUAUCUAUGAAAAGGGCUAUUGAGGUUGGGAGAUUACAAUGCGAUCAUUUUCA